AUGAGUGGAGAGGAUCGUAGUUUAAAUGUGGACGAUGGAGAGGAGCAGGAGGGAGAUAAUGAAAUGCAAGAUGAAGAUGGUUUAGAACCGAGUGAUUUGUUAGAUAAAAAAAUUAGCGACCUUCAAGUUGCGUUGGAGGAGUCUCCGGAUGAUUAUGAUAAUCGGAUAGAGCUCAUUAACUUGCUAAGGAAGAAUGGUGACCUUGAGGCUCUUCGUGAACAUCGUAGGACCAUGUGCGAGAAAUUUACUAUGUAUCCAGAAUUUUGGUUGGAAUGGAUUGAAGAUGAAAAAGAAUACGGAGGUGAUAAAGAAGUGGUUGAAGAAUUAUUUGUUAAGGCUUGCAGAGAUUUCCAUAGUCCUAAAAUAUACUUAGAGUAUGCGCAGUCUGCUUGUGGAGUGUCAAUUGCUCAUGCCGAGGAGGUAAUGGAAGAAGCGGUUAGUAAAAUUGGUUUACGCUACGACUGUUCCUUCCUGAUUUGGAAUUCCUAUCUCGAUUUGGAAAAAAUGAUAAUGAGUUCAAUGGACGGUGAACUAGCGGCUGAGCGAAGGCAAAAAAUACUUAAGCUUUAUGGUAGAAUGCUCCGUAUUCCCCACAUGGAUAUGACUCAAUCUUGGAAUGAUUACUGUGCAUUUCUGGGUUCCUCUCCGGACGAAACGGUGAAGGCUGCAUACGAGAAGGCUCUGAAAUUUUUGCCGGAACUGGACGGAUUCGAAAACCGCUUAAAAGAAACGAGUACAUUGGAAGAACAAUUAGAUAUUUUGUGUGAUUAUGUGGAAUUUGAGAAGAAAGGCGGUGAUCCUACACGCAUUCAAAUGGCGUACGAGCGUGCGCUGGUGGCAUCUGCUUCCACACCGAAUGCAAAUCUUUGGCUUGAAUAUGGAGCAUGGAUCGAUUUUGAGCUAAAACUUCCUUCGGUCGCUGUUGAUGUUUACAGUAGAGCUGUACGGCACUCACCUUGCGCGGCUCUUUGGCAGCAGUACUUUACCGCUCUUGAACGAGCAAAUAUGGCAAGCGAAAUUGAUGCUAAAUGGGCAAAUGCUCUUGGUACUAUUACAACUGCAGGGGAAGGUUUAGCGCUUUAUAGAACACGUAUUUAUUCGUUACGUAGACUAGCUGUAAAGGAAGCACAGGCUGGAAGUCAUCCUGUUGAUUACAAAAGAGUGAUAGAUGCAUUUGAUGAAGGUGAAGAGUUUUUAAAAAGUCGAUUUGGUGCGCGCUGGGAUAGCCCAAAGGCUCAGUUUCGAAAGAAUUAUGCACAUUUUUUGUACACGCAUGCGAAACAACCUAAGAAAGGAUUUUCAAUAUGGAAUGAUAUAUUGGCUUCUGGAAGUGGUCACAUGGCGUCUGCAUGGAUAGAAGCUUCAAAUUUGGAAAGAUAUUUUGGGUCUUUGAACAAUGCAAGAACUCUUUUGUAUAAAGCCGUCAACUCGGCCAGUGACUAUCCACAUAUGGCAUUUGACGCUUUAAUUCAGUUUGAAAGGGAGACGGGUACUUUAGAAGAACUCGACAAAGCAUUGGUGAGAGUAAAUGCUCAGGCUAGUCGGAUUGCAGCAAGGCCGCAAAAGAAGAAAUUGAAAAGUGAAACCAAAGAAGUCGGAAAAUCUGGGCUGAAUCGGAGCAAAAAGCCAAAUGUUGAGGAGGAGAAUGAGCUUAACCAGCCAAAAGUUAUAAAAAGAACUGUUACCAAAAAAUCUGACGAAGAAGCAGCCGGAGAUUUUCAUUCAGCUGAUUUGCAGAUAAAGCGGCCAAAGGUAGUGGAUAAAGAUGGGUUUGCAGUCCCUCAGUUCCCUUUUAAACCACAGACAGUAGGUUCGAAAGAGGAACAAGCAUCUGGUAUGGAAACUGAUAAGGAAGGUCCAAGUGGAAGUACGAAAACAGUGUUUAUUUCCAAUCUGGACUAUAAAGUCCCAGAAGAAAAAAUCAAGGAAAUAUUUCCUGAAGCAAAGGAAGUUCGUCUUGUGUACCGUGGUAAUUUGAACAAGGUUGCUCUUAAUAUUGGGUACGGAUACGUCGAUUUCCCAGAUACUGCUUCUGCUGUAAAAGCUCUUGCAAUGGAUCGGUUUCCGAUUGAUGGUCGCCCAAUGUAUGUUUCUGGAUAUAAUCCCCAUGAAAAAGGCGAACGGAGCGAAUUCAGAUAUGCUGUUGGAUUGGAAAAGAAUAAAAUUUUUGUUCAAAACGUCCACUUUGAUGCGACUCCAGAACAACUGAGAGAAGUUUUUGCUGGAUUUGGAGUUGUUAAGGACGUUAGAAUUGUAACCCAUAAGUCCGGGAAAUCAAGAGGUCGUGCUUAUAUAGAAUUUGAGGACAAUGAGGCAGCAAAGAAUGCAACAGAGGCAGAAAUCGUCUUAUUAAGUAAUUUUCCACCAUACAUUUUUAGUAUCAUUUUUUCAGAUCGUAAACUCAUAGUCGCGUUGAGUAACCCACCUAAAAGGGAGGAUCAAGAUCUCACAGAACCAAAUUCCUCUGAAAAACAGGACCCAAGUCUUAAGAAGCCAUUCCCAUCAAACAAACAGGGUCAAGGUCUUAUGAAGCCAGCCGCAUUGUUGGUAAGGCCGAGAAAUAAGGUAAAUUUGGUCCCACGUGUAGUCUCUCAAAGAAAGCAAGAGGGCAGAGUGGACACUCAAUCUGGAGGUGUAGCGCAGUCAAGCACUAAAUCUGAGGAGUCUACUUCAGGUCCUUCAAGCAAUUCUGGGAUGAAACUAUCAAACGAGCAGUUCCGCAAAUUCCUUUAAAG